CGGUCCCGCCCCGGGGCGGUGCGGAGCGGAGCGGCCCCGCGCUCCGGAACGGGCGGUGCUGCCUGCCCAGCCGUUUCCUGCACGGGUCGCGGCGGAGCGGAGCCGAGCGGAGCGGAGCCCACGGGAGCCAUGACUCACCAGACCGGCAUCCACGCCACCACAGAAUUAAGGGACUUUUUUGCCAAAGCCCGAAAUGGUUCAGUUCGGCUCAUCAAGGUCAUCAUUGAGGACGAGCAGCUCGUGCUGGGAGCCCACAAAGAGCUGUCCCGGCGCUGGGACGCUGACUAUGACGCCUUUGUGCUGCCCUUGCUGGAUGAGCAGCAGCCCUGCUACGUCCUGUACCGCCUGGACAGCCAGAACGCGCAGGGCUUCGAGUGGCUCUUCAUCUCCUGGUCCCCCGACAGCUCCCCGGUCCGGCUGAAGAUGCUGUACGCUGCCACCAGGGCCACCGUGAAGAAGGAGUUUGGUGGGGGGCACAUAAAGGACGAGAUGUUUGGCACAGUGAAGGAGGACGUGUCCCUGAGCGGUUACCAGAAGCACGUGUCCUCCUGCUCUGCCCCCGCCCCGCUGACCGCCGCCGAGCAGGAGCUCCAGCAGAUCCGCAUCAACGAGGUGAAGACGGAGAUCAGCGUGGAGAGCAAGCACCAGACGCUGCAGGGCCUGGCCUUCCCCCUGCAGCUGGAUGCCCAGCAAGCCAUCCAGGCCCUCAAGCAGAAGAAAAUCAACUACAUCCAGCUGAAGCUGGAUCUGGAGCGGGAGACCAUCGACCUGGUGCACACGAGCCCCACGGAGAUCACUGACCUGCCCAAGAGGAUCCCCCAAGACUCUGCUCGCUACCAUUUCUUCCUGUACAAGCACUCACACGAGGGAGAUUACCUGGAGUCUGUUGUCUUCAUCUACUCCAUGCCUGGGUACAAGUGCAGCAUCAAGGAGCGCAUGCUCUACUCCAGCUGCAAGAGCCGGUUGCUGGACACUGUGGAGCAGGAGUUUUGCCUGGAGAUAGCCAAGAAGAUCGAGAUCGACGACGGCGCGGAGCUGACGGCGGAGUUCCUGUACGAGGAGGUGCACCCCAAGCAGCACGCCUUCAAGCAGGCCUUCGCCAAGCCCAAGGGGCCCGUGGGCAAGCGGGGACACAAGCGGCUGAUCAAGGGGCCGGGCGAGAACGGCGAGGACAGUUAGAUCCCGCGGGGCCAGCGGUGAACGGACACCAUCCCUGCGGCACUUCCCGCCUUCCUCUCCGCUGACCUGGGGAUCUUUCCCUCCAUCUCAGCCUUUUUUUUUUUGUUUUCUUACCUUUUUUUUUUCCUGUUUCAUUCCUUUUUUAAACAUCUGGAUGGCUUGUUGCACCCGGGGGCAGAGCGAUGGGGAGGGUUCAGGGUUGUUGCUGUUUCUUUUCCUCUGUCCUUGUGCAAGCCCCGGGGUUGCAGGGGGAGGAUGGGAGCAGCAGAGCCGUGUCCCCAGCCUUGCUCCUGUCCCCCUCAGGAUCACAGCCACUGCUCUCGGUGUCCCUGGGCGACUGAAAGACACACUCACCUGAAAGCUGCUCUAUGCAAAGGACAGGGGGUAAUGCUGGGGAUUCCUGUUUGAACAGAGAAAAUCCUUCUUUCCCUGUCCCCCAGCCUCCAGACUUUGCUCCCCUGUCCCACUCUUGGUGUGCAUGGCCCCUCUGCCCCAGGCCUGGAGCGAUCCCGCACCCCCUCAGGGUGCGGGCAGGACCCCCUGUGGGGUGGGCUUUGCUCCCUGUGGGAUGGGAGUUUCUCCCUGCACAGAGCCAGGCAGCAGGAGGUGGAAGUUCCCCACUGGGUCCUGAGCUCAGCCUGGACCUGGAGAAAGGUCACUCUGCCUUUGGGUGAUGUUUGCAUCCCCUUUUUGAGCUACCCCAGUAAGGUUUUCCCCCUCAGAAGGAGCUCUGACAGCCCUGACUCAGCCCUGUCCCUGUUCAGGAUGGGAGCUGAAGGGUUCCUGAGCCCUGGUCCCCUACUCUCCAUUCCCCAGCCCCCACCAUUACCUUACCCCCCAGGUUCUCAGCUGGGUCUCUGGGCUGGGGCAGCCCCAUGUCUCAAUAAUCCCAUGGGCUACCCCAAAGCCUUGUGUGGGGGAGCAUGACAGCCCUGUGUGCCCCCGGGGAUGUCCCCCGCCACCAAGGGCCAUCAGUGGCUCCACAGUUCGAGCCUGGCACUGUGAUUUGGGCUGCACUGGGGGCCUGGGGGGAGAGCACCUUGCUGCUGGGUACCAGCAAGGGCUCGAGAGCCACCUGCCUCCCUGAGAGGAUGGAAAAGGGGUCAGUGAAACCUGCCCUCUGCUUUCCAGCUGUGGCGGUGAACGUCCCAAUGUUGCCUUGACUUCGGCGGAGUCAGGGGGUUGAAGCUGGGGGGAGCAGAGCACACUGUACUGAACGCUGUAUUUUCUAAAGAAUAAAGUAUUU